AUGAUUCGUUCGUGUAACAAGGAGGGGACCCGCCCUUCUUCACGUCUCGUGCAACAAGUAAGGACCACCCUCUGGCUAUUACUAUUGAUUCAUGUGCAUGUGCUAAAAAGGGUGAUCGACGCGGACUACCGCUGCCUGGUGGGCGUCGUGUUCUUCAACCACUCGGAGGUGGACUUCGCCGUGAAGCCUGGCGACCGCGUCGCACAGAUGAUCGUCCAGGUGAUCGUGACGCCGGAGGUCGCCGAGGUGGAGGACCUCGAUACCAUCAUUUGGGGGGAGGGAGGAUUGGGGUCCACCAGCAUCUGA